AGCAGACUUCCUAAUCAGAAUUCCUUUCUUUUCAGCAGGACACAAACUCCUGGUUAAAGCUUUUUCAGUGUUUCUUAAAAAAAAAAUCAGCACAGUCAUGGCUUCCUCCAGCAGUGUCCUGUGUGAAGAUGAGCUCCAGUGUCCCAUCUGUCUGGAUGUGUUCACUGAUCCAGUCUCUACUCCGUGUGGACACAACUACUGUAUGUUCUGUCUCAAAGAGUUCUGGGACAGCAGUUCACACUGCCAGUGUCCAGAGUGUAAGGAGGAAUUCCCUAAAUGUCCUGAACUACGUGUCAAUACUUUCAUCUCUAAACUGGCUGCUCAGUUCAAACAGCAGUUUCCCCUGAAGACUAAGAAGGUUCUAUGUGACUCAUGUACUGUGGAAAAGCUGGAGGCUAUAAAGUCCUGUCUGCACUGUGGAGUUUCUUACUGUAACACUCAUCUGAUGCUCCAUAAAACUACAGCUAAACUCAUGAAGCACAAACUGAUCGACCCUGUGGAGAACCUGGAGGACUACAUCUGUCAGAAACAUGAGAGACCCCUGGAGCUGUUGUGUAGAGACGACCAGACGUGUGUGUGUCAGUUCUGUACUGAAGUAGAGCACAAAACUCACAACACUGUUCCUCUAGAGAUGGAAGUUGGAUCAAUUAAGACUGAGUUGUGGUUAAUAAAAGCAGAAGCUGAGCAGAUGAUACAGUACAGACUGAGGAAGAUUGAGGAAUUCACACGCUCUGUAAAGCUAAAUAAAAAAAUCACAGAGAAAGCAGACUUUGUGGAGAUCUUCAGAGCUCUGAUGAGCUGCAUUGAGAGAAGCCAGGCUGAGCUGCCUAAAGUGAUGGAGGAGAAGCAGAAAGCAGCAGAGAGGCAGGCUGAAGAGUUCAUUAAAGAGCUGAAGCAGGAAAUCACUGAGCUAAAGAGGAGAAACACUGAGCUGAAGCAGCUCUCACACACUGAGGAUCACCUCCACCUUCUACAGAUUUACCCGUCACUCCGCAUCCCUCCACACACCCAGGACUGGACUGACUUUCGUAUCAACUUUCCUCUUAGUGUGGAGACUCUGAUUAGAACAAAGGUUCAGGAGAUGCUCAGUGAGGAAGUAGACAAGAUUGAUGAGAUCAAACUAAAUGGAUUCCAGCAAUAUGCAGUGGAUGUGACUCUGGAUCCUGAUACAGCGAAUCCUUAUCUCAUCCUGUCUGAUGAUGGGAAACAAGUUACAUGUGGAGACAAGAGACAGAAACUCCCUGAUAAUCCAGAGAGGUUUGAUCAUUGUCUCUGUGUGUUGGGAAAUGAGGGAUUCACCUCAGGGAGAUUUUACUAUGAGGUGCAGGUCAGAGGGACUGAGUGGGUUUUAGGAGUGGCCAGAGAGUCUGUUAAAAGGAAAGAGGAGAUUGAAGCCAGCCCUGAAGAUGGAUUCUGGUGUCUGGGUCUGAAAAAUGAAACCGAACAUUCAGCUUGGGACUCUCCUCCUAUCCUCCUCUUCAUAAAACAGGCUCCUCAGAAGGUCGGGGUGUUUGUGGACCAUGAGGAGGGUCUGAUCUCCUUCUGUGAUGUUGAAGCCAAGUCUCAUAUCUAUUCUUUCACCGGUCAGAAUUUUAUCGAGAAAAUCUAUCCACUCUUCAGCCCUUGCACUAAUCGUGGCAAUAAAGGCUCAGGACUGACAAUCUGUCCUGUUAAUUAGUGUAAUAAUAGUUGUUAUAAAUCUCUGUUAACAUCUUCUACUUAAUCAUUGACUUUAACAACAAGUAAUAAAGUAUUGAUUAAUUGAUUAGGUUACAAGUGCAUAAUAUAUACAACUUUCCAAAUCAGAUCCUGUUACAAUCUUUUUUGGGUGUUUACAAUAAUUAAAAUCAGAUCUAAAUGCAGAAUAUAUUGCUGAAAUUGUUAACUGACUUCUUAAAUGUUUUUUUUGUCUUUGUCUUUGCUCUUAGAUCACACAUUUGAAAGCAUUCUCUGUUAAACGAGCAUGUCCCAGCCAUGACUGUUCAUUUCAUUCAGUAGAAACGCUCUGAAUUUUACACAAUAAGAAAAUGACAGGAAUCUUUAAUGCAA